GAGUUACAUUUGAGAUUACGUGCUUUUAGUGAGAAAACCAAAGUGACGAUCUGUUGCUUCCCUUGAGAUGGCUACAAAGAAGAAAGGGCCCAUACUUGCAGCUUGUCAAUUUCAACAUUUGGUCACAUGACCAGCACCUCCCUGCUAAGGAUGGGGAUAGAUUUCCACGUCAGCUUACGUCUCCAAAUUUCUUACUUCACGGAUCUGCUUCAAAGAGGCAGCUGCAUUAGAGAAUCAUGUUAAGCUCAGCUAAUGCGGAGAACCCGAGGUAGCCUAAUGAUGGAUUUUGAUGAGCGUGUUCCUUGUUCCUCUAACAUGUAUUUGCCAAGUUGUACUUACUACGUCUCGGCUCCUGAUUUCUCCAGCCUCCCUUCUUUUCUGCCCCAGACCCCGUCUUCUCGCCCUAUGACAUACUCCUACUCUUCCAACCUACCCCAGGUCCAACCUGUGAGAGAAGUGACCUUCCGAGAGUAUGCCAUUGAUCCCUCCAGUAAGUGGCACGCCAGGAGCAAUCUGCCCCACUGCUACUCAGCAGAGGAGAUCAUGCACAGAGACUGCCUGCCUGCCACCAACACAGCUAGCAUGGGCGAGAUGUUCGGCAAAAACACAGCAAACGUCUACCACCCCACCACCAACGUCUCCUCCAAUUUCUAUAGCACGGUGGGGCGGAACGGGGUCCUGCCCCAGGCUUUCGACCAGUUUUUCGAGACGGCUUAUGGCACCACGGAAAACCUGUCCUCCUCGGACUAUUCCGUAGACAAGAAUGGCGAGAAAAUGCCUCCGGCAGCUGCUGCAACUUCAAGUUCGGAGGGAGGCUGCAGCAGGGAGGCAGGAGCCCCAGCAGCAGAGGAGAAGGAGAGGCGGAGGAGGGCAGAGAGCAGCAGCAGCCCAGAAUCAUCUUCCGGCAACAAUGAGGAGAAAUCCAGCAGCUCCAGUGGACAACGCACCCGGAAAAAGAGAUGCCCCUACACCAAAUACCAGAUCCGAGAAUUAGAAAGGGAAUUCUUCUUCAGUGUCUACAUCAACAAAGAGAAGCGCCUCCAGCUCUCGCGAAUGCUCAAUCUGACCGACCGUCAAGUCAAGAUAUGGUUUCAGAACAGGAGAAUGAAAGAAAAAAAAAUCAACAGGGACCGAUUACAAUAUUACUCGGCUAAUCCACUACUUUAAAACUCGGAGAGGGUUUCGAGAGGAGAUUCCAUUCAGAUUUCGCCCUUGACAAGGUCAAGCCACAGGGUUACGUGGAAGGAAGAGGUGUGUAGCUGACGGGACUGGGAGACCUGAGAUUUUACAUACAUGUAAAUCCACUCCGGACUUGGGGGGGGGGGGGGGGGGAGAUUCUUCUCUAUUUACACGUCAACUGGAAUCGGUUUGAUUUUGACCCACAUGGCAUCCAUUUCCAACGUGCAAGCCUCCUCUUUGCUCUGAGCGCAGAAUCCAGACCUCUUAUCUUCCCAGACACUGCGGUUCAUUCUGAUUCGGCUUUCACUAGUUACAAGUGGGGACAGAAAUCCCUGACUCGGUUCAUCUUCUAACCGGUGUUGAUCUUGUUCCCUGGGCUCACUGUGGAACAUGCGUGUGGAGAGAGGACUUGGCGAGCUUAAGUGAUGAGGACCACUGCGAAGUAAAACUUUGAAAACCAACCUUUUGUUCUUCGGAAGGGAAUCCCUUGGCUUAGAGCAGUGCUCCACCACCGACUGAUUUCAAUAUAGAGAAAUUGGGACACAUUUCACAAGGCCAACCAUGACAGUUGUCACAGCAGUAGUGAUGGAUAUAAUCGUGUUGGAUUUGGGGGGCGGGGGCGGGAGAGGAUCUGAAAGACUUGAUUAUUCCCUUUAAAAAUGGUCAGGUAUAUAUUUUUUGCCAUAUAGCUAAAGAAACAAUCACUGAAAGGGCAAAUAGUUAGCCAUUUUAAUUAGCUCUGUUUUUUUUAUUUAUCGACCAAUUAUCGCGAGGCUGACAUCCUUUUGAGACAAAUCACGAUGCCCAUAUUUAAAUGUUCAGCAUAAAAUGGCAAAGAAAGAAUGAAUUUCAAAGUUUUCAAAAGAAAAAUAAAGAAAGAAAACUAACCUUCUGGCUUCUGGCUCACAAACUUUCUUCAGGAAAUACCUGUGGAGAACGACAGUUUGGCAAAUACCACACAACACUUAAUUGAAACUUGGAUUUGUGCAAUGCACUGAUAUUGGGUCAUUAAAGGAGGGUAUGUCGUGUUUCUUUAGAAGGUUACUAGUGAGACAUGGAUUCAGAAGCCAAACAAUGUACAUAUGGUACUUUUGUUGUUGUCUACUUCAAAUGUCACGAGCUGUACUCUGUUGCUCAGUUGGCGUAUACAAAGAAUGGAGAGUUGUCUGGAGUUAUUUUAAAUAUAUAUAUAAAUAGAUAUAUUUCCCUGCAGGAACCAAAGCGAGAAAAAAUGCAAUUAAAAUAUUUAAAAUUCUAUAACAGUUUACAAAAGAUACGGUGUUCUAUCUUAAGGUAAUUUGCUGUUAAGAAUAUCUGAAUGUAUAUUUCAUACAGGAACAGUGUUUUACAAGACUUGUAAAUAAAAAAGAACCCACGGCCUAUUUUGUUUGAAUACUUUUUGAACAUAUUUUUUUUUCCUUUGGGGGUUAAAGGGUGUCGUUUUUUUACAUGAGCAACAAAUUGGUGAUAAAAGUGUUUUCUGAACAAUCAGCGUACCAAAUGGAUGUAAUUUCUUUUACACGGUUCACACAAUGCAAUAUCUUUAUAUUCAAUCACUGUUUUCAAUAUGUAUCAUCUAUGUGUAUAUACAGUUUUCUUUUAAUAUGCGAAAGUACUUGGUUGCAUGUAUACAAUGGAACAGCGCACAAGGAAAAUAAAAAAAUGGAAAAUUUAUAUUUUUA